AUGGCAGUUGAGAAUGUUGCCACUAGAUCAACCUUUGGCUUCCGAAAGACAAAUGAUUCCAUCAACUCAUCGGCAGAUCUCGAAACUCUCAGGGUCUCUAGAAAAGGUCUAGAAAUUUCCAAGUUCUUAUCAAGUACUAGAUUUAGAGGCGGCAUUGCAGGAGAUUUCAGUUUUGUCAACGGGCAGUUACAAUCACCGAUGUUCGAAAUUGUUAAUGUGAAUGGUAAUGGAGUAAGAGGCAUUGGGUUUUGGACACCACAACGUGGACUUGUGAAAAGUUCGAACGGUUGGGAAGUUCCCACAAACGGCAAAAAGUUGAGAGUAGGAGUUCCGGUGAAGAUUGGUUCUCCGGAGCUUGUGAAGGUGGUGCGUAAUCCUGUCACUAAUGGAACAGAAGUCACUGAGUUCUGCAUUGACAUCAUCAAGGCUGUAAUGGAAGGAUUACCCUACGCAGUUACUUAUGACUUCAUCCCCUUUGCAAAGCCCGAUGGUACUACUGCCGGCAGCUACAAUGACUUGCGCUACUUUGAUUCAUAUGAAAAGAAUUCGAUGCUUUGGCCACAGCGACAACGUACUGGCUCAAAGACUCAAAGUUACGGAGCUAGUCUAUCAUCGAUACUAACUGUUCCACGGCUAAAACCAACUUAUUUCGAGAUAAACGAGCUUGUGAAGAUUAGGGACUAUGUGGGUUACCCAAAGGGUUAUUUUCUCUGCGACCUUUUGAUACAAAGUGGUUUUGAUGAUUCUAAGAUCGAGCCCUAUAUAUCGCGGGAAGAAUGUGACCAACUUCUGACAAAAGGGAGUGCAAAUGGUGGUAUUGCUGCUGCUAUUGACGAAACUCCUAACUUGAAGCUUGUUCUUGCGUAA